GCCAGGCCUUUUCAGUGGCUCACUGUCUACUUUUUCUCACCUCUCUAAAUAGUUUUCUUUCUUUGCCCUGACCGUCUUUUCCCACUUAGCUACUGUCCCUGACUUAUCUGUAUCUGAUGACCACCCUGCCUUUUAGGACAUCAUGGACCCUUGGGGACGAGUCCCCCAGCCUUUCCAGCAGCUUGAGAAACCUGGUCGUAUCCGUCGUCGCAAGACUAGGAGGGAGCGAAACAAGGCCCUAGUGAGCAGCCAUCGGCCCCUGGCCCGACAGGAUCCUUCCCUGUCCAGUCGGGAGCCGUCUGCAACCCUGCAGGAUCGUGUGGCCUCUGCAGCCCCCAAGCUUGUUGUCAUAACGCAGGGCAGGUUGAGCCGGGAGCACCGGGGUCUCUUCAACCAUGAAGUGAAAUCCCUGGAUGUGGCCCGGCUGCUUAACAAUGGCUCCUUGGAACCAUGUAACCCCCCACUCCCCACCAAGUCUUCCUGCAGCCCAGUCAGAGUCCAAGAACCAGCCACACCGUCAAGAGGCAAGGAGAACCAGGUACCAGGAGGCUCAGGCUCAAGCCCACCGAGUUCCCCAGAGCUCCCUGUGUUGGGACAACUGUUGGAGGAGCUGCAGUGCCAACUGACUCUGCCCCAAGCCUUUCCCAGGAGGAGCCUAGUGCAGGAAUCCAGAGAUGCCAUCAUAAGAACCUUACAGGGCUGCCAUGGCUGCGUGCCUGAUCUUGCCAUGGUUCUCCGAGGUUGCCAGUCACCUUUGCCUGAGAUGAAGCCUAAGGCCCCCGUGAGACAGAGGACGACACCUUCGGUUGUCAGCGUUCCUGAGCAUGCUUUAAGGGAGGGGAGGCAUAGGACUCAACAGGGGACAAAGAGGUUUAGCUUCACCACACCUCAUACUUGCCGAAGCACCCCUUCACACAGGGUGAGCCUACUGCCGCCUCCAGACCACCAACUGCCAUUCUUGCCCUCAGUAUCUUCACCAUCUGGGCCGGCUUGGGGUCCCCCAACAGCUUUUGAUAUGCUGAAAAGCAUCUGGCUCAUAGCCACACCACCCCCACCUCAGCCCCUACCCCAGCCGCCAUCACCCUUGUUGCCCCAAACAUCUGCCUUGGACUGGAGCCCCGACCCUCCUGCCUCACUACGAAGCCUCUCCUGGGUAGUGACUCAGAGAAGUCCAGAGGCUUGGUCCUUUCCCCCAAUGAAACUGUACUGAGGAGGCUCUGGGCAGGGUUGGGGGGCAGGCAUCCCAUAC